GGGGACUGACUCAUGAAGAACAAGGGCGCCAAGCAGAAGCUGCCGAGACGCAAGGGGGCCGCCGGCGCCUUCGGCCGCGACCUGAGCGCGUACCUGGAGAGCUCCGGGCAGGACGUUCCAUAUGUACUGAAGAGCUGUGCAGAAUUUAUUGAGACUCAUGGCAUUGUGGAUGGAAUUUAUCGGCUUUCAGGAGUCACCUCGAACAUACAACGACUCAGGCAAGAGUUUGGCUCAGAUCAAUGUCCAGAUCUGACAAGAGAAGUGUACCUCCAGGACAUCCACUGUGUGGGUUCUCUCUGCAAGCUCUACUUUAGGGAGCUGCCCAACCCCCUCCUGACCUAUGAGCUCUAUGAGAAGUUCACGGAGGCCGUGUCACACUGCCCAGAGGAAGGCCAACUGGCCAGAAUCCAGAAUGUUAUCCAGAAGCUUCCCCCGUCCCAUUAUAGGACCUUGGAAUACCUGAUUCGACACCUGGCCCACAUCGCCUCCUUCAGCAGCAAGACCAACAUGCACGCACGGAACCUGGCACUGGUGUGGGCCCCAAACCUCCUCAGAUCCAAAGAGAUUGAAGCCACUGGUUGCAGUGGAGAUGCGGCCUUCCUCGCUGUCCGGGUCCAGCAGGUGGUGAUUGAGUUCAUUUUGAACCACGUGGAGCAGAUCUUCAAUGGUGGUGCCCCCGCAUCUCUGGGGAAUGAUGAAAACCGGCCCAUCAUGAAGAGCCUGACCCUACCAGCCCUCUCCCUGCCCAUGAAGCUGGUGAGCCUGGAGGAGGCGCAGGCCCGGAGCCUGGCGACCAACCACCCGGCCCGGAAGGAGAGGAGGGAGAACAGUCUGCCCGAGAUUGUCCCUCCCACCGGAACCCUCUUCCACACCGUCCUGGAGUUGCCAGAGAGCAAAAGAAAGCUCUCCAGCAAAUCAAAGAAAUGGAAAUCAAUAUUUAACCUGGGACGUUCCGGAGGCUCAGACUCCAAAUCAAAGCUGAGCAGAAAUGGGAGUGUGUUUGUCAGAGGACAGAGGCUUGCAGUGGAAAAGGCCACCAUCCGACCUGCUAAGAGUAUGGACUCGCUGUGCUCCGUUCCCGUGGAAGGGAAAGAAACCAAAGGAAAUUUCAACCGAACAGUCGCCACUGGUGGAUUUUUCAUUCCGGCCACAAAAAUGCACUCCACUAGCACCGGAAGCUCCUGUGACCUCAGCAAGCAGGAGGGCGACUGGGGUCAGGAGGGGAUGCCUGCAGGGGCAGAGGGGGGCUUUGACAUGAGCAGCGACCGCAGCCAACUCCAGGGCGUGCAGGUCCGCCCUCCGCCCGAGCAGCUGAAGGUUUUCCGACCCAUCGAGGAUCCCGAGAUCGAGCAGACAGCCCCGAAGAUGCUCGGAAUGUUCUAUACGUCCAGCGACAGCCCCAGCAAGUCUGUGUUCAGCGGCAGCCUGUUCCAGGUGGAGCCCUCGCCCCGGCACCAGCGCAAGGCCCUAAACAUCUCCGAGCCCUUCGCCGUGUCCGUGCCACUCCGCGUGUCCGCUGUCAUCAGCACCAACAGCACCCCCUGCAGAACACCCCCAAAGGAGCUGCAGUCUCUGUCCAGCCUGGAGGAAUUUUCUUUCCAGGGUUCAGAGAGUGGAGGUUGGCCUGAAGAGGAGAAGCCACUGGGAUCUGAGAAUGCGGCAGCUCCUGUGCCAAAGAAGGCAGCUCCCGAGGAAGCCAAGCCAGUAUCAGAGGCUGCAAAGACAGUGGAGGGCAGCAAAAGUCUUUCCCUGGAGCUGAGCCCCCAACAAGAGGAGAAGAAAACUUCAGAAAUCUGCCAGGACUCUCACCAUCCAAGUGAAUCAGAGAAGAAGCUGGAUCUGGAGAAGGCGGAGGAGGGAGGAGAGGCAGCCCAGGAGGAGUCGGGCGUGCUGCAGGAGGGCCCUGGGAAUGCGAAUGCUGGAGCGAGAUUUCUCCAGGAGACGGAUGAAGAGGAUCUAGCUAACGUCCUGAUUUGGCCCGAGAUUCAUCAGGAGCUGAAAAUCAUUGAAUCUGAGGAGGAGCUCGCCUCCCUGCCUCAGCCCACUCGGCCGACCCACGCACCCCUGCCAGUUCUUGGGGCCUGUUCGAGCCCGGUGGCUUCGGUGGCUUCGCCCAGACCCGAGAGCUCGGCCUCUGGCUCCACCCCAGCUCCAGUCUCCGUCCCUCUGGAGGAUGGGUCCAGUCAGAACGCACAGGAAGCUUCUGCAGCAGCCAAUAGAGAAGAGCUUGAGAUGCCGGGCAGCCCUCCUGAGUCUGAAGCCAAGCCAGGCCCGCGCCCAGAUCCCACCAGCCUUCCUCCUCUAGAGCUGGUGGCCUUUGAGUUGGCUUCUCCACAGGUCGGGGCAGAGGAGCGAGACCCGGGGAACCUGUCUCCUCUGCUGCCGCCUGCUGCGCCCCCUCCAACGCCCCUGGAGGAGCUGCCUCGUGUCGACCCACCCAAGGAUGGCCCACAGAGAGAAAACGCUUCCUCGAUUUUGAGACCAGAUCCACAUAAAGUCCAGGCCAGCUCCACCGGCAGUCCUGAGCUCCCUGACCUUUGUCCAGCAGAAAGUGAAAAGCAGAGUUCGAAGGAUGGUGUUCCUGAGGGAAAAGGCUCCAGCUCUUCAAACGAAAUGAGGGAGGCCGAAAUCUCUUCCCAGGGAGAGGGGGAUGUCGCCCCCUCAGGCCAAGAGCCCUCAGACUGUGAUGAAGACGAUGUUGUGACCGACGUGGCCCAGCACGGCCUGGAGAUGGUGGAGCCGUGGGAGGAGCCCCAGUGGGUGACAAGUCCCCUUCACUCCCCCACGUUGAAGGAGGUGAAGGAAAUCCAGCUGCAGGGCCCUCUGGCUCACCGAUUGGAGAAGAGGCUUGCCCACAGGCCCAGCCUUCGCCAGAGCCAUUCUCUAGACAGCAAAACCAUGGUGGUGAGCCACUGGACUCUUGAAGGUUCGGCCUUCAGCAGCUGUGCUAAUCUUGACGCAGAGAGGAUUUCUGACCCUCUGCAGCUCUUGGCGGCCAGGAAAGAAAGUACUGGAUGGGAUGAGAUGAUCUUGAGGUCGUUCAGUGAGUUCUCUGUUCUGAAAGGAAUGCAGGCCCUCCCUAGCCAGAAAGGACCAGGUGAUCUGCAGCCCACAGCAGCAGGAACCAGUCCUGUCGGCCUAGCAGAGGGAAAGGAGCUGGGGGUCCAUCUGGGGCACAACAGCCCUCAGACUGGGCAAGGUAGUGGUCCUGGGCCAGAUAGCAGCCAGGAGAGCUCACUGAGUGUUAAGAACAGCACAGCCCCCAGAGAACACCCGCUCAAGUUACAGCCGAAGAGCACCGAGUGUGGACCUCCCAAAGGGAAAAACAGGCCUUCUUCCCUCAACUUAGACUCUGCCGUCCCCAUCACUGACCUCUUCCGGUUUGAAAAUGUGGCCUCAUUUGUUUCACCUGGAAUGCAACGCUCUGAGCUAGGGGGCCCAAAGGGCGCGUGGAUGACCUCCUCUAACUGUCAAGGAGACCCCUGGAAGGUUUACUCCCAGGACCCUCAAGAUCUGGACAUUGUUGCUCAUGCCCUGACAGGCCGCCGUAACUCUGCUCCCGUGAGUGUGUCAGCCGUGAGAACCUCCUUUAUGGUCAAAAUGUGCCAGGCCAAGGCAGUGCCAGUCAUUCCACCUAAGAUUCAGUACACACAGAUCCCUCAGCCCUUACCCUCGCAGAGUGCAGGAGAGAACGGGGCUCCGCCUCCCGAGAGGAGCCAAGAGGAAGGCAGCUCAGCUGGGGGCCCUUCUCAGAAACCUCCUCAAGAUGAUGCUCGGUCCUCCCUGGAAAGCCCGAAGGAAGACAAACCAAAGCAAGAGAAGGGAACCAACGAGCCAUUGCCAGUGGACGCCCCAGCCUCCCGCAUGUGUGAAGGACCGAGCCUUUCCCCAGAGCCAGGCUCGGCUCACCUGCUGUCCACCCAGGACACCGUUGUGCAGUGCAGAAAGCGCACCUCAGAGACAGAGUCACUUGGGGACAACCUUCUUUCUUCAAAAAUGGAACGACCCUCAGGGGCUUCUAAGCCUUUCCACAGGUCAAGGCCAGGGAGACCUCAGAGCCUCAUCUUAUUCAGUCCUCCUUUCCCCAUUAUGGACCACCCACCCACCUCCUCCACAAUGACAGAUUCCAAGGUUCUGCUGUCCCCAAUCAGAAGUCCAACCCAGGCAAUUUCUCCUGGCCUUCUCUGCGGGGACCUGGCAGAAAACACAUGGGUCACGGCGGAAGGAGUCACACUUAGGAAUAAAAUGACCAUCCCUAAGAAUGGCCAGAGACUGGAGACCUCAACCAGCUGUUUUUACCAGCCCCAGCGGAGAUCAGUGAUUCUGGAUGGAAGAAGUGGACGGCAGAUUGAAUGACACCAGUUCACCUGCUGUAUUUGAAAAAAUGCCAGGAUUCAUCUGGAAGCUCUCAAGGGCUAAGUGAAUACAAUUCCAGCCAUAGGUUACCCAACUUUAGAUUUGUUUUGGCCUUCUAGCCUGUCUUCAACCUUUAGCCCUUUAUUAAUUAGCCCGUUUGCCGCAAGAAGGCCCAGGGAAGGACCAAGUGAUGAGAUUCAGAUGAUGAACAGGGAGGAGGUCAGCCGGGGAGGAGGAUGGCAUACGUGAGAUACGGGGCUUGUUUGUGAGUUGCAUUAACUCCCCCUUAAUCUUGACCAUAAUCUUUAACUUCUGGGAGUGGCUGGUAUUUUUUAAAAGAAAGAGAAAUGCCCUUUUUCUGUUGCUCUUGAGCCUCCCCUUUCACCACGUGCUUCUUAAUGCUCUUCAAAGCAUGGAUUCUUUUAGGCCCGUUUUUUGACUAGCUUUAUAAGCGCACUAUCCAGAGUAGAAAAAGAUUUGGAAAUGCAAACUAACACACAUUUAGCCAGCUAAGUGGGUGCCUUUAACCCAUGCUCAUUUCCUGAAUCCCCCCAGACCCAUUCCGGAUAGAGCCACAUACCAGCAGAGAAAAUCAGGAUCUUUAUUCAGGAGCCAACUUGAAGGUGCCCACAGCUCCAGAUGUCUGGUUCUGGCUUUUAUCACUUUGAGACUCCAACCUCCACCUCUCCUGAUCUACGGCUUCCACCUCCAGUAGCUGAGCAGCAGGGUGGUGGCUGAGCAGGAGAUGGAUGCCGGGAGACGUGUUGCGUGAGGAGUGACAUGAUCUGUUCUGAGUCCAUGAACAGGAUGUCAUUGCAGAGAAAAUGACAUUCCCCACGCAUGGGCUGUACUCCAUAUUUUAUGUGUUGAAGUUGUUGGGGCAUUAGCAGCAAACACCCUCACUCAGCUUCAUUCUCUUUCCCAAGUAUGCUGGCACCAGUGGCACAAGACCGGGUAAGGGAGAAGGCCCAUCAGGGGAGGAGGGGAGGAGUCUUAGUCAGGGCGAUCAGGGAGGGUAGAGUGGCCCUUCUUGAAAUGUGUUUCACUUCAGCCAGUGAUUGCCUUCCGGUCUCUCUCCUAACACUGCUGAAGAGCAGAUUUGAGAGACCCGUCUUGAUUCCAGAAUCUCCCUCACCCACCAUCCACUCCCAGCACUCAAACUUGCCCUGCUCCUAUCUCUGUGUUAACAGAAGCAAUAAACAAUCUGAUUGUGUUUUAGUUAUUUAGAA